GUGACGUCCGCCUGUCUGUAAGGCAACAUGGCUACAUCGGCGUGGCUUCGUGAGACAUCUGCUAUGCGACUAACGGAGGGCUUGGUGUCGGUUCUAAAAGAACAGCGUCCAGAGUAUUUACCCGCCCUGUUGGCCAGCUACAGAGAACAUGGCGUGUUCCAGACGCAGAGCGCGAGCGCCGUCGGGGGUCUCGUGGGGUUCAGCAAUGUCAAACUGGGCUCGGGCAAGACCAGGUCUGAGGGUCUCUGCCUGCUCUCCAUGAUGGUUAAGGACAGCUCCAGUGAGCUCUUCCAGCAGCACUGCAAUUCCUGGCUGCGCUCCCUGCAGCAUGUCAUACAGUCUCAGUCUCCGGAUGAGACCAUCCAGCUGGCAGUGAACACUUUGAAGGACCUGCUGCAGUAUUCGUCCCAGCUGGCGCAGCUGGCCAGGGAGGUCGGCCUCAACUCCAUCCUGGGCCUCCUCACGUCUCUGCUGGGCCUCAAGAAGGAGUGUGAGCUGGCAGCCAUGGACGGGAUCAUGGCUUGUAUGACCUUCUACCCCAGAGCCUGUGGAUCCCUCAGGGGCAAACUGGGAGCGUAUUUCCUCUCCAAAAUGGACAGCACCAACAAGAAAACACAAGAGAUGGCCUGCCUGUGUUAUAGCCGCCUGCCCUGUCUGGGGGGCCUGUUGGACAGAGGGGUCGGUGCCGGCAGAGCUGAGGGCUGGACCAAUCAGAUUCACUGCCUGCUGGCCUCAGCCAAUGGGCUACUGGCUCAGAUCUACCAGAGUGCAGAAACAGAUGGAACGGUGCAGUAUGAAGGCCCGGGCGUGGAGCUGGCCUUCCCUCAUCUUGACCAGUCUGAUCCCCUGCUGCUGCUGCAGCUCCAGGACCGAUACACAGCUGUCUGCCUGGCACUCAAACACACACUCAGGGUGGAUCCAGCCUCCGCUGUCCGUCUGCCUGUCCGAACAAUACUCAACCUGGUGUGCCGAGUCCUUGCUGUCAGCUCCAAGAGCAUAAAUUUAACAGGAGAUGGGAGUGUGAGGUUGAUGGUCUUGCCCGUCAUACAUACCAACACACUGGAGGUCUUGUCGGCUCUUAUCGCAGCUGUGCGUGGCGGCAUGGUCCAAUAUGCCGCUGUGCUACAGAGGCUCUUCUCUCAAACCCUGUCUGCCUGGACGCCUCAACCCGAAGCCAGUCUGGGACAGCAGAGAGCCUACAGCUCGGUGCGGGUUUCGGUGUACAGGACCUUAGAGCUGUGGGUCCAGGUGGCCGGAGCCUGCGCCAGCAUCCUUCAGGGAAGCCCCGGCCACUCCGAGCUCCUGUUUACUCACCUGCUCGGUGACAUCACACCAGGGGCGGAGUCUGUCAAGCUCCGGGCGGGACUGUCAGCAGACGCGGUCCCUGGAGGGAAGCCUGGCCCGCGGAGGACGAAACAUUUGGUCAUGGCGGACACAGCCGGGCCGUCGCUCCAGAGGAAAGGAGACCAGUUGGCUAAUCAGGAUUCUUGCCUUUCGGCCCUCAGGGCACUGAGGCAAAUCAUCUUGACCAGCGGCACACUGCUGAAAGACGAUAUACACAAGCGUCUCCAUGAUGUCGUGCUGCCGCUGUGUGUGCGUCUGAAGCAGCAGCAGUCCAGCAGCAGCAUCUUGUGUGACUCUGCAGGGUGCGUGAGUGGGCAGUACAGCAGCGCCCUCCCCCGACGAGAGCUGUACAGAUUACUGCUGGCUCUGGUCCUGGUCCCAUCACCCUGUUGGCCUCCGCCUCUCACCUGUGCCGUGUCCAUCCUCAGCAACGGACGCAAUGACCGGAACCUCAAGGUCUCUACAUUCUGCUCUGAGGCGCUCACCAUCUGCAACACCCUCCUCCACCCCCGCACUCCCUCCAUCGCUCUUCCCUUACCCCCCCUCACCCUGAAACCCAUCCCGACCGCGUCAGUCCUCCCCUCCUCCCAGGGGCCUACCACUGGACUCACUCUGCCAACGCUCCUCGGGGGCCCUGCCCCCGGUCCUCCCUUCCCCACCCGCCACUCCCUCGGCCUGGGUCCCGCUUCCCUGCUGGGCUCGCUGGAGAACCACCUCUCCCUGGUGCCGGGGCUGCCAGGCCAGGCGCCCACCCCAGGAGACAUGAUCCUGUCCCACCAGCAGGACCCUGCUGGGCUGGGCCUCCCAGAGGGGCAGAGACCCGUGUUCGUCCGCUACGACCGAGAGGAAGCGGAGGAUGUCGAGAUCUCUCUGGCCAGUGACUCGGAUGACAGCGUAGUCAUCGUUCCACCGGGGAUGCUCAACCUGGAGAACCAGCAGGAGGAGACGGCAGCAGCAGGGGCUCAGAACAUGGCCUCUGUUGCACCAGGAGGUGCUACAGUCACAGUAGCGGGAGGAGACACCGUCGCCAUCGUGCCUACCACAGCAACCACAACGACAAUAGACAGGGUUUCGCUCCCCAAUGACCUCGCCACCUCGUCCCCUCUACUCACCACCUCCACCACGCAGAUCAACUCCUUCCCUCCUCUCAGCUCCUCAGUGGUCUCCCUAGUGCCCCCUUUGAACUCCAACACACUCGCAGCGCCGCCCGGCGGUCUGGGGGACUCGUUGCCUGGCAGACCCCAGCUCCAGCAGAUGCUGAUGCAGCCCUCGGCAGCGGGCCAGUCCGGCCCCAUGGGGAUGCCGCUCCAGAUGCACCAGCUGCAAAAUCAGCUGGGCCAGCAGGGACGGCACCAGCACCAGCACCAGCACCAGCCGCCACCCGCCAGCAACGAAGACUCCGCCGUCAUCAACAUCAACAGCACCGACGAGGAGGAGGAGGAGGAGGAAGAGGAGGAGGACCUUGAGGAGGAUGAGGAUCUGGACGAAGAGGAGGAGGAGGAGGAGGAGGAGGAAGAGGAGGAUGUAAGCGAUUUCCCCGAGGACGACUUGUAUGAUGGGGAGUAUGAUAAUUAUGAUGAAGAAGAGGGGGAAGAGCUGGAAGAAGAGGAGGAGGAGGAGGAGGAGGAGGAGGAGGAUGGUGACAUACCUCCACUGGAGGGAGUUGAGGACAAUGAUGGAGAAGCGGGUAUAGAGGGGGGGAAGGUGCUCAGAGCGGUGGUGGAUGAAGAGGGGUUGGCUGGAUUCAGCGUGGAGGGAGAAGCAGAAGGAGGGAUCGAGGAGAUCCAGACCAACAGAUCGCUGUUCGCAGAGGACAGGAUGAAAGUGCAAAAGGUGGAGAGUAUCGGGGUCCUGGAGGAGGCGCGGGAGGGAGAGGAGGAUGAGAGCGAAAGGAUGGAUGACCCCACCAUGCCACAAAUCCUGUGUGUCACCGGGGGAACACUGGAGGAGAGGGAGGAGACCGACGAGGAAGGAGGGGCAGCGGGGGGGCUGCAGGACGGGGCGAAGCCCUGGGAGCAGGGAGCCAAUGAGAUUGAGCCGCCAGCCGGCGCAGAAGAUGGCACAACCAAUCAGGUUCAACAGGAGCCGGGAGCUGAGCCGGCACAGGAAGCCAGCGUGAGCGAUAAACAGUCGCCGGGUCAUCAGGAGGAGCAGCUAGCUGAUCAAGAGGGAGACGUGGCAGCAGGAGAUCCCCAAACCUCCAGGGGCCCGAGUCCAAAAGAGACAGAGGACACGACGGACGCCGAGAAGAAAGAGAGCGUAACAGCUGAGCCGCAAGAGACGGAGGGAUCAGCAGCAGGCGGAGGAGGAGGAGGAGGAGGAGGAGGAGGAGGAGGAGGAGGAGGAGGAGGAGGAGGAGGAGGAGGAGGAGGAGAGAGUGAUGGAGAGGAGGGGAAAGGACUGAAGAGGAAGAGGGAGGAUACACAGGAAGAGGCGGGGCUAGGCACUGAGAAGAAAAAGGUGGACGAUGAAGCCAUGGCGUCCAUGUUGGCGGAUUUCGUCGCCUGUCCGCCCGACGACGAAGACGGCGCCUCCGGAUCAAACUGCUCAUAAAUAGAGGCCGACCUGGACUGAUGCGAUUGAAGUUGCCAUGGAUACAGAAGUUACUGGACCACUUGUGACAUUUUCAUACAGCAACUCCCUGCUCAUUAGUCAUUCUACAGGGUUCAGAUCAUGCUUUAACUAUAUCACCAGAUGGGAGCCGCACUGCGUGGGAACUCUUUACAGUCACAUCGCCCAGCUUUAAGUUUAAGAAGUGGGUUUUCUUGGAUCUGUGUGCACCUUGUAUCAUCUUUGUGUUGUCAUCAAUGUCCUCUGCUUUGUAAUAAACAGUUAAAAAUCAAACGUGA